UUAAACAUAAUAAAAUGGCAAAUUUAUUAAAACUUAUUGCUUUAAUAGCUGUUGUCUUACCUGCCUGCUUAUGUGUCACCAUCAAGCCACGCAGCAGUUGGGGUGCAGCUUCAGCACGUUCACCUUCCCGCAUAAACGGAGCCGUUGACUAUGUCAUUAUCCAUCAUUCAGACAAUCCCAAUGGCUGUUCAACAGAAUCAGCUUGCCAAAGACUGAUUAAGAAUAUACAAACCGAUCAUAAGGGCCGUCGUAAUUUCAGUGAUAUUGGCUAUAAUUUCAUUAUUGCUGGCGAUGGCAAUGUUUAUGAGGGACGUGGUUGGGGUCUGCAAGGUUCUCAUGCCCCCAACUACAAUCGCAACAGUAUUGGCAUUGUGUUCUUGGGUAAUUUUGAAAACUCCAAGCCUUCGAAUCAAAUGUUGCAAAAUGCUAAAGAUUUAAUAGCCCAAGCUGUUAGUGGUGGUUAUUUGAAGGACAGCUAUACUUUGUUGGGACAUCGCCAGACUAAGGCCACCUCUUGCCCUGGCACUCAGCUGUAUAAUGAAAUUAAGACCUGGCCUCAUUGGCGUAAUAUUUAAGUUGUAGUCUUUAUAAAUCACUAUUUAACAUUAUAUUGUAGUUUUUAAACUAUUAGUCACUAAUUUUAUACAAUUAAAAUAAAUGUUUAACUGAAAUAUGGAGCACUUCUAA